UCGUGGGCACUUUCAAGCACACAAGGGUUUCACACCACGAUCUCUGCCCGUAUUUCCAUCAAUCCUCCACCAGCGGCGACUUGCUCCCUCCAUCUGUCUCUGCAGUUGCCGGCCCACCUGUUCGUAGACCCUUAUGAACUUGAUCACUACAGUGCACCCUAUUCUUUCCAAAUAUUUGGGCCAUCCAACCUCGAAGCGCCUGUAUUUAUUGUCGACAACAGCGACACCACCCUCUUGCUCAACAUCACUCUGAUGGAUCAUGGCGGUAAUGGUCAAAUCGCUAUAAUCGAUGUGCCUUUACACUCACGCUACGGACGUCCUCUUCGCGGACACGCGACUGGCAUUCACAACAUUGUCAUGACCGCUCCGACUGUAUUCUGGGCUUGU